AUGACCAUCAACAGCGAUAGCUCCACAGUCUCUGAUAUUCACUUUGAUGAUAAAAAUGACGGUGAGAGAAAUAAAAUAAAUGAUAUGAACUUAUUUAACGAUUCUGAUUUUUUCGAUGAAGGUAGAAAUAAGAAGAAAAGCACUUGCAGUAGUGAUAAUUUUUAUGAAGAAAUGAAAUAUGAUAUUUUAAGAAUUGAAAGAAAUAUAAAUUCAGAAGUUAAAAAAAGAUUGGAUGCUAAUAAAAAUAUUCAAUUAUUAAUUGAACAAAUGGCAAAUAAUAUGAUAAAUAAUGUUCUCAAUAAAAUAACUACAAAAAUAGAAAGCAUAUCAAGUGAUUUAGAUAAAAUUAUACAUAAGUGUGAGGAAUUAGAAAAAGUCAUAUCUCAAAUAAAAGUUGAUAUACCUACUAAAAUUCAAACAGAUAUGAUAAGUUUAAAAAGAGAAAUAGCUGAUUUUCAAUUAGUUAUAAAUAAAUAUCUUAAUAAUAAAAAAAAAAGAGAUAAUAUCUUAUAUGGAAAAAUUGAAAAUAUUAGUGCAUACUUAACUGGAAAAAUACAAAGUGAAAUUGCUUUUAAACAACAUGAUAUAUCAUAUCUUAAAAAUGAAAGUGAUAGGUUGUUAAAUUAUGAUAAUGAUGAGGACGUCAAUUUUAAAAAUGUAUUUUUACAAGAAGUAGAAGAGAUCAAGGAUGCGCUCAGUUUGACUGUUAAGGCAAGGGAACAAUCUGACGAUGAUAUAAUACAA